AUGUCACAGGCCAAGUCAAAAUUAGUCUGUGGUAUUGACUACGGCACGACGGGUACCGCCGCUGCUUGGGGCUAUGGUACUGACGAGCAAAGCAUAGAUCCACCCAUCUAUCAAGUGGAUGAAUGGCCAUCUCAAUCCCGGGCCAAACUGCCAUCGACAAUGCAGUACCCAAGUGGCAUGCAACCUCGAUGGGGAGUGGAGGCUACACCUGAGCUCGAAACUUUCAGGUGGACCAAACUCCUUUUAGACCCAGACUUGGAGUCAACAGAUUUCCGGGACGAGGAAUUGGAGAGGGUAUCGAGACAACGAAUCAUGCGGCUGCCAGCCGGAAAGUCGGCCGUGCGUGUCGUUGCCGACUACCUCAGCGGGAUCCGUAACCACCUGGAGCAGUCGUACAUUUUUAGUCAACCAAACAUCAAAAAGGAGUACUGGUUUUCCAUUCCGGCGGGCUGGUCCAACGAUGCACAAGUGCGGAUGAGUGAGGCUAUCCACUUGGCCGGGUUUGGUCAAAAACCGAAUGAGGAAUUUUGCCUUGUUACUGAAAGCGAGGCGUCCGCGAUAUCCAUCCUAGAGGCAUCUGGGGAACGAAGAAAGGACAUCGCCUGCUAUAUGAUCACGGAUGUAACUGCAACAUCAUAUUCACUCACGGAACUGAGCAGUGCCAUAGGCCCCAAGUCUGGGAGCACCAUCAUUGACAGAGAGUUCUUGAAGCUCAUGAGGCAUCGCUUCAACGCCUCCUUCAUAACUCCGUUCAACGACGACAAUUCUGAUCGCAGAGAAAGUCUCAUGAACGAUUUCAAGAAAGGAAAGGAAGCGUUCACUGGAGAUGGAAGUAGCCAUCGUCUUGAAUUCCGGAUGGAAUGCUUUACGUCGCAAUGGUAUGACUCAACGGCGGGUCAUAUAAUCUUGUCCGACAGCGAUAUGCGGGCAUUUUUUGACACCGUUGUCGGCCAAGUCCUCCAUCAUGUGAACGAUCAGGUGGACAAAGCCACUCGUGGCCACUUCAAGAUCGACGAAUUGUUGAUGACUGGGGGGCUGAUGCGCUCUAAAUUUGCGCGGGAGGCAUUUUCGGAGGGGUUCAAAGAUGCAGGAUUUUCCAGGAUCUUGUUUUCCGAAGCACCUGAACUAUCUGCAUCUCUCGGUGCUGCGCGAAAGGGCCUGAGCGGCAUCAUCACGAAGAACCAGACAUGUAACAAGAGUUACUUCAUCGCAUGCUCAGGAUUACGGGAGGAACCCGGAAUAUGUCUGCAAGCUUUCAUUGAUGAGCCCGAUGCGCCCGCUAAACCCCAACAGAUUUUGGUCAAGACCUACAAGGCUGUAUUUCACCUUUAUAGUCGCCCGGGGGAGCCCCCUGUCAAAACGUUCUUUCUAAAGAUGAGCGAUGGCCAAAAUUCGCGCGUACUGGCCCGGUUGACCUGCAAUCUGUCUGACAUACCCACCGACGAACGCGCCCUACAACCUGCUGCUGCAGGCGGUGUAUACUCGCAUCAAUGCAUCUCUGUGACUGCGACAUUUCGUGUGAAGGGGUACCUGGAAAUCAAAGUGCAUACUAAAUGUAAGGUGUUGGCCCAAAAAAGGGUUCCUAGAAUAUGGAGUGAGCGUGCGGGUAAUUGA